GUCCGUGUCCGUACUAAAAAAAUGGACACCACAGUUUAAAGGUAAGUGUCCAUUGAACAUCGUCAAAAAAAUGCAAAGUAUGAUAAUAAUGUUAUAAACACAAGUACACUACAAUUAUAACACAAAGUAGUAAUAUCAUAAGUAUAUAUGCAUGAUCUUCAUUAUCCUUUCUAAUUCAAUCUCAAAUGGAAGAUCAAAACAACAAAUUCCCAAAGAAUAAUCUCCCAAAAGUAUUUCUUCAUGGUUCUCCAAAAUUCACCUCAAUCCUCCAACCACAUCAUUCUCACAACUUCCAUAUCAUAAAUCCUUCAUCCUCUACUCAUCUUCACCAAUUCUUAUCCACCAAUCCUCACCACGCCACCGACAUUGCCGCCAUUGUCUGUACAAGUCUCUACCCCGUCAAAGCAGAUGUACUCCGACUCCUUCCUUCCCUCCGUCUCGUCAUCACCCCAAGCGCCGGAACCAAUCACAUUGACCUCUCCGAGUGCCGCAGUCGGGGAAUUCAGGUCGCCGGUGCCGGGAACCUGUUCUCCGAAGAUGUCGCUGACAUGGCUGUGGCUUUGUUGAUGGACGUCAGUUCACUUUUCAAGUCUUCCCUAAAUGCCUAUGAUUAUGCAAAUAAGGGAUCCAAUAAAUUCACAUAA